GGAGCUGCCAUGACGACGGGCGACUGCUGCCACCUCCCCGGCUCCCUCUGCGACUGCCCGGGAAGCGCCACCCUGUCCAAGUCGGUGGAGGACUCCGACAUCGGUCGCCCGCAGUAUGUCACACAGGUCACCGCCAAGGAUGGACGGCUCCUCUCGACGGUGAUCAAGGCACUGGGCGCACAGAGUGAUGGUCCCAUCUGUCGAAUCUGUCAUGAAGGUGGAAGUGGGGAGGGACUGCUUUCCCCGUGUGACUGCACAGGAACACUGGGCACCGUGCACAAGAGCUGCCUGGAAAAAUGGUUAUCCUCCUCCAACACAAGUUACUGUGAGCUCUGCCACACAGAAUUUGUUGUAGAGAGAAGACCAAGACCUUUGACAGAGUGGCUGAAGGAUCCCGGUCCCCGCAAUGAGAAGAGGACCCUUUUCUGCGACAUGGUGUGUUUCCUGUUCAUUACUCCCCUGGCAGCGAUCUCCGGCUGGCUGUGUCUGCGCGGAGCCCAGGAUCAUUUGCAGUUCAACAGCCGACUGGAGGCCAUCGGACUCAUAGCACUAACUAUAGCACUUUUCACAAUCUACGUCCUUUGGACACUGGUUUCGUUCCGCUACCACUGCCAGCUGUACUCGGAGUGGCGAAGGACCAACCAGAAAGUCCGCUUGAUGAUCCCAGCCUCGCGGAGCCCUUACCCUGUGCCCCACUCCCUCCUCGCUGCCAAGCUCAUGAAGAAGACUGCGGAUGAAACCACCGUCUGAGCCGUCCCUCGGCCGCUGCGCCACGUGGCUGCUGGGGCGAGGGCAGCCCCUCAGGGCUGGCGGAAGCAAAGAGGGUCGGGUGUCCCCACGUGCGCAGGAAACGCAGCAACUGUGGAGGCACUAGAAAGCAAUCAUCCCACCCGAAGGGACUUUGCGGUCAGCAUGUACUUUAUACUAUGGCAAACGGACAGAUAAUCAACGUCUGUCAUGUGAAACGGCCCGAAAGAGCCAGAUGGCAGAAGAUGCCUGUCUGCAGGGACACUUUCCUAUAACUGAGUACCAUACGUGGAAAAUAUCUCCCUAUAUAUAUAUAUCUAUAUAUAAUAUUAUUUUUUAAUGGCCAUGCAUAUUGUGUUUCAGUCCUUUUGUGUUGAUGUUCUAAGCUUCAGUAUAGAAGCUGGCAGCCUGAUCUCAUUCAGAGGUUAAAUCUAUGCCUUUUCUCCAAUGAGCAUAUAAAGAACACUUUUCAUUGACCGUUCUUGAAAGUCCCCUUCUCCUUUGCACUAAAUUGAUUUUGAUAAUACUGCAGCAGCCUUUCCCAUUACUCUUUGGUCUCUUUUGUGGUGUUUCUGUCCUUUCUAGAAAGUUGUGUGUUUUUAAUAAUUAUUAUAAUCCCAGAAGGAGUAAAAUGACGUAAUACUGAAUGGAGACAUUUUGUAUUGUAAAGUACUGUAAUUUUGAGAAUUUCAAAAUAAGUUUCAAAAUGAGAAAAUCUUUUCCUGUGCAGACGUGAUCUCACAAAAUGCUUUCCUUGCAGAUCCUGGCUCAUCCCCAGGACUCGGAUGCACUCAGCUCUUGGUAUGUCUGGCAAAGGUAGAUGGAGGAUCUGAGGGUGGGAAGUGAUGGCUCGUACUAGCUGAACCCACCAUUGCCUUUUGCUUUUAAAAUAUUCAGAAAGGAGCUUUCCUGACCCCAAAAGGUGACAGUUGGAGUCUCUUGUUUGCUGAUGUCCUUUCUCCAUCUUGAGGCUGGACCUCUUGUAUUAUCAGUUACACACAUACCUUACGGGACAGGCCGUGCUCUGCAGCCGCUCAGCAGGACGCAGGUGGUCUCGGCGGUCUCUGUGCGCUUUAUUUGCACAUUCCUCAGCAGCAGCUGGAGGAGCUGCUGUGAUUUGGUUGAUCCCUGAAAGCGCUGCCUGCCUGUUAUAUGUCCUCUAGUGAAACACCCCAAAUUUGCUGGUUCCCAGAAAACAGGCUCUGGGUCUCUUCUCCUGUGGCGGCAGUGUUCCUCCUCCUCCUCCUUCAUCCUUCAUCCACCUGCCUUUCCAGCACAUCCAGCUAACGAACCCCUCUGUCUUGGAGUGCCCAAUCUGCCAAGGGUCUCCCUGAGUUUGGCUUUAGUCCUUGCCUCUCUACUGCCUCCCACCCUGCCAGACGACGCCUGUGCUUGGUGCUGUGCGUUCCUGAGCCCUGUGAGUGGAGCGGGCCGUUAAGCAUGCCGAUGUUGGCACUGCCCUGCUGAGGGCUCCAGAGGUGUGUGCAGCUGCUUGGUGUGAGCCUUGGCUCUCACAGCCGCGAUGGUGAGGGUAGACAGCGGGCAGGAGGCAGGCUCCAAGGCGCCCAUGUCCUUGCAGUGGGUGCUGGUAGUCCCGCACUAUGUCCCUCCGCUCCUUUGCUGAACCCAAGCGGAUCAGUCUGAUGCCCUGCUAGAUGGAGACCUGCAAUUUCUUGAAUUCAAAGCACCAUGUGCCAUCCCUCUUGCUCUUUAGCUGCAAAGCAGAAUGCUUUUUCUUAACGCGUUCCCUGACCCUAGGCUGGAAGUCACUGGUGGCAUGAGCAGCAGGGGCCAGUCCCCUGUCUCUCCCAGUAGGAUUGCUCCAGCCCUGGGGCCUGGUCUGUGUCUGCUCUCCUUCAUCUCCUGUCCCAGGGUUCUCAUGCAGCUCAGUGAUAUCCCAGCACAUCUUGCAGCAGCCUCUCUCUGCCCAGCUGUGGGCCCCGUGGGCUGCUCCGAGCUGGUCUCUGUUCUGAGCAUGAGGGUCUCGUUUGAUCACAGGGUGAAUGUCUUCUGCCACAGCCAGGCUGUGCAUCUCUGCUCCUCUCUCUCUGCCAGCACUCCUGCCUGUCUCUUCUGUUCUGCUACGUACCCAUGGGCACCUUCCCUUUUCCCUGUCGUGCAGGGAUGACUCGGCCCGCAGUGCUCCCGGAGGCUUGUAGUGCAGAGAGGCCUUUUCAGCCCAGCUGCAGCUACGGCCUCUGCGCAGCGCUGGCAUCUUGCUUCCAGUCGGCUUGUGCAGUGGAGCUCCCACGCAGGCGCUGCCUCCCUCUACACACCCCUUCCCUUGGCAGUGAGCAUGGCUCCACUGCUCUGUGCCUUGUCCUGGGUACCCCUUCCUUCAGCCCCUCCCCAACAAACCCCGUGUCACCAGGACAUUCCCAGUGAAGAAAAAUUUGGGGGUUUAGUUUAAUCUUCCCAGCCCCAGCUGCCUCUCAGGAGCUUGGUCUUGUGACACAUCUAGUUCUGGCAGGUAAUGAAGGACGUGCAUUCCCACACCACGUUCCCCAAGUAAGGACUUAAUGGAGCCAGUGUUUCAGUUGGGAAACCCACUGUUGGUGCAAAUAUGCAACUGUGAAAGCCAGAAGUCCCUGGCUGGGGGCAGCGGGGGCCCAGCCCUGUGCUGCUGCGCGGCCAUGGCUUCACUCUCAGCUUCGUUGUCUUUAUCGUAGUUGCCAAUAAUUGGAGUUGUUGCAUGUGCCCCUGCAAAACCCAAUAGCGACUCUUUGAGUCUUCUCCUCCUUCCCAGAGGAGUUGUUCAGCUCGUGGAUGUGGAAAAUCAGUGUCUCUGACCCGCCACGUUCCAGUGUCAUGGGGAAACGGGCUGUGCAAUUAUGUAAAUAAA